CUCGGGCAGAGAGUCCAGGCUCCUCGUAUUGGGCCAGCAGGAAAUGGGGGCUAUCGGCUAAAACCAGGCUCCUGGCGCCAGGGGGGAUGGGGCCUUAGGCUCCGGAGGCUGCAGGGAGCGGGAGCGGGGGCGAGCCGGGGGAGUGGAGGAAGAAAAUGGCGAGUCGCGGGAGCAGCGUGGAGACCGCGGCUUUUCUCUGCCUCUUGCUGCUGGCGACUUGGAGCCGGCCCUGCGCCCGGGCGGAGCGGGAGGACGAGCCGGAGCAGCGCUCCUGCCACGGCGCCUUCGACCUCUACUUCGUCCUGGACAAGUCUGGAAGUGUCAGGAACCAUUGGACAGAGAUUUACUCUUUUGUUGCGAGCCUGGCUGAGAAAUUUAUAAGUCCAAUGUUGCGAAUGUCUUUCAUUGUCUUUUCCUCGCGAGGCACUACAAUCAUGAAGUUAACAGAAAACAGGGAAGCCAUCAGACAAGGGCUUGAUAUUCUUCGGUAUGAAGUGCCUGGAGGAGAUACAUUCAUGCAUGAAGGAUUUAAAAGGGCAAAUGAACAGAUUUACCAUGAAAAUGAUGGAGGACUCCGGACUGCUAGUGUGAUUAUUGCUCUGACAGAUGGCGAGUUGCAAGAUGUUCAAUUUUAUUACGCAGAAAAAGAAGCUGACAGAGCCAGAAGUCUUGGAGCUAUUGUGUAUUGUGUUGGAGUGAAAGAUUUUAAUGAAACUCAGCUGUCAACAAUUGCUGACAGUAUUGAUCACGUUUUCCCAGUAACAGGAGGAUUUUAUGCCCUCAGAGGCACUAUUGAUUCAAUUUUGAAGAAAUCUUGCAUUGAGAUCCUGGCAGCUGAACCAUCCAGUGUCUGUGCAGGAGAAUCCUUUCAAGUUGUGGUAAGAGGCAAUGGCUUUUAUCAUGCAAGAAAUAUUGACCAAGUUCUCUGCAGCUUCAAGAUCAAUGACACCAUUACUAUCAGUGAAAAACCAACUGUUGUUCAAGAUACCUAUUUGCUUUGCCCUGCACCAGUUAUAGAAGAUAUUGGACAGGUGGUUUUCCUACAAGUCAGCAUGAACAAUGGCUUGACGUUCAUCUCCAGCUCUGUCAGCAUCACCAGCACACAGUGUCUGAGUGGGACAAUCCUUUUCAUCGCACUCUUAAUUCUGUUUCUGUUACUGGCACUGGCUCUCCUGUGGUGGUUCUGGCCUCUGUGCUGCACAGUGGUCAUCAAGGAGCCUCCUCCACCACCACCCCCUGAGCCAGAAUCAGAUGAUGAAGAUGGAUUGCCAAAGAAAAAAUGGCCAACUGUUGAUGCAUCUUAUUACGGAGGCAGAGGUGUUGGGGGAAUUAAAAGGAUGGAGGUGAGAUGGGGAGACAAAGGAUCCACAGAGGAAGGGGCAAAAUUAGAGAAGCCCAAAAAUGCCAUCAUUAAGCUGCCAGAACAAGAAUAUGAGCCAUGGGAGCCUAAACCAAAGAAACCCUAUGUUCGGAAGCCGCCUUCCCAAAGGAAAUGGUACACUCCAAUCAAGGGCAAACUUGAUGCAUUAUGGGCUCUGGUUCGACGAGGCUAUGAUCAAGUCUCUCUUAUGAGACCACAGCCAGGGGAUAAGGGAAGAUGCAUAAGCUUCACCCGGGUGAAAUCAGACGGAACCUCCACCCCUUACAGUCCGCCGCCGAAGAAUGAUGCCAUCCCCCUCAACAGUACUACGAGAAGCCCCUCUCCUGCAGCCUCUCUGCAGCCUCCUUCCAGGCAGCCGCCUCCAGGACCACCACCCUCCCGAGCCCCACCAGGACCGCCACCAUCACGCCCACCCCCACAGCCUAUGGCUUAGAGUGUGGCAAAACCAAGAUCGACAACACACAUCUCUUUGCUGAACACAGCAUAUUUAUUGAGUCUUGGUUUACAAUUGAAAGGUAUCACAAUUUGUUGCUGGUCAGCAAAAAAAAAAUUGCCACGUGUCAAUUUUAAUGUAUGAAUAUAUUUAUACUACACAUGCUGAGUAAACUUUCAGCUGUUAGAUCCACAGCUGCUGGGAAGGGAACAAAACCAAAAUAAUCAUCUAGACAUAGUAGCAGCUUUUAUACGUAUAGAAUGUUUAUACUUUUAUAGGAUUUAUCCACACGUGAUGUUUGUAUGACAUGUCAUAUCAAACAUUAAAAUCCUAGUCAGAUACACAUGCAUCAGUCAGUUGAUAGCUGCCACCUGCAGAGGGUUAAUUGUGGGGCACUGAAACAGUUGCUUCUUUUUCCCACAAGCAGCAGUGCCUCAAAAUGCAGAUAUGAAACAAUAAUUACAAAGGCAAAUGCUUUGGUUCUGCAGGUGGAGUUUCCUUGGUUGAUGAUAGAUAAAGGUGAAGUUCUGUUCCACAUGCCUUUGGGAAUCUAGUCUGUGGGUCCUAUGCUGUGAUUUUUUUCCUCCUAAAAUCAGCAUUAAACCAAAAUCUAUGGAUUUAGUCCUUUGUUAUUAAUUUGCAUCUUGACAGAAUCCAAAAAGGCUCAGUUUGGGUUUUAGAAAUGCCAGACUGGGGCAGAUCCAGGUUCUUUUUAACACAAAGUUCAGAGGAAUUUGAUGGAGAGAAAGACCUUCUUUUGGGCUCUUUCAGUAAUUUCCAUUUACACAAAAAUUCUCCUCCGUGGAAUGGAAACAUUUGUAAUCUACACAAGAAUGUCACUUUAUGGAAACAACUUGUGUUAAAUAGAUCAAGAGCUUAUAAGAGAAUGAUUCCACUUCUUUUAGUAGUGCAGGUUUUCUUACACUGUUAGUAGGAUUGGGCCUUUUUCUGAUUCAGAUAUCUCAGACUUCACACACGUGUAAAAUACAAAAUAUGGCUUAUCAGCAGGGGCUUCCCCCUUUUUUAACACACCAAGUGUGAGAGACUUCUGGCCCAUGAAGAGCAAUGAGCCUCAGUUCUGUUUGACACUAGAGAAUCAUGCGCACGUGCACAUGGAUAGGCAGGUAGCUAUGAUGUGAGGUAGGAUUCGAGAAUGACUCAUGAAUGAUGCUUGCUAAGUGCUGCCUAAAUGGCUUGGGAGCAAAUAAUCCCCAGUGGAUCAAAAUAAUUUCUGAAUGUACCGUUCUUAACCCAGUUACAUGUUAUAUCAUAUGAGAAAAGUGUCUGCAGGUUCACCUGCUGGCUAGCACUACCUUUGUUCAUGUGAUUUAUAUAGAAGCAAAGGUGGCACUUACGGGGGUAUAACUCAAUUUAUUUCAAACUUCAGUCAGUGUAAAAUUGGAGUUUUUUUGAAUCUACCUAAAUUCUCAUGGUGUUUCUUUUCAGUAUUUUAAAUCUCCCCUGCUGCCUCUGCAACACAACCACCACUGCAUUGCAUGAGAGCUGUAGUUCAAAGCUGGUGAGAAGCACAAAUUAAACCACCAGCUUAUUUUCAUUGUCGAAACUGAAGGCAGCACUAAUGUAAAUGUACAGUGUUGGCUGCAAAAAGGACAUUCAGGUUUUUAAAAACCUGUCCAGCUGCAAUUAUCUCAGGAGUUAUAAUAACAGGGUUGAGAAAAAAAAUGAGGGGAAGGGUCUUUUUAGUCUGGCCAAAUCUUCAGCUAGUGUAAAGUGGUGUAGCUCCACUGAAGCUAAGGGAACCUCACACAAAUUUAUGCCAAUUGAAACCCUGGCCCAUGAUUUUUAACAUGGCAGCAUGCCCAUAAUGCGAUGUGCAAUGAAUAUUUCACAAGAGAAUGAUCUUCAAUGAGCAUGCACCAUCAUUUAAACCUGCCUCAGGUGAGUGUCUAACAAUACCCCUGAGGCAAGGGGAAAUCUGCAACUGGCAGCAAGUGGCACUUAGCACAGGUGUAAACUGUGGUGGAAGGGAACAAAGUAUCUGGGAAUCAAACCCCAAGUGAUCUAGAUUUGUCCAGGAUCAUCUUGAUUUAGCAUAUCAAGAUGAGGGCCACCUCCUCCCUUCAGCUCAUGCAUGGAUUUUGGUGAGAGGGCUGCUGUGAAUUAAACAGACCUAAAGGUAACAAAAGUCAGCUCUAGGGUGGAGUGAAAGAGUUCAUUGAUGAGUGCAUUCAUUUCAUGAACUGUACCAGUUCAGAUACACAUGUACCCAUUUUUCCUAAUCCUUUCUAUUCCUGUCAGUCUUUAAACAUGAUCAGUAAUAUCCUUUGUCAUUUUCAGUUUGCUUAAAAAGCAUUUACUUAGAAAUCCCUGCUUCUGUAAAUAUAGAGAGUUUUACCUGGAGGAGACAGAAUGCUUCUGGACCUUACUGCUGGACAGUUAGAGUAAUUUAUUAAAAGGGGCUUAAGGUGAAUAAAUACAGAUGGCUGAGGACAUGAUGAAUACAAGUGUGAUUAUGCAGUAUAGCAUUUUCAUAUUGUUCUCCGUAACUUUGGGAAAGAGGAAAUAUUGAGUACUUCCUAGUGUGUUUAGAAGUUUGCUACUGAGCUGAUGCUUUUGAAUAAUGCAUAGAGAAUCCUAACGUUUAUGAGUGCUUGAACCAAUACGUAGGUUAUAGUAGAUUUACAUUUGGGGAAACAGUUUUUUAAAAAGGAAAACAAUGUACUGUACUAAUCUUUUCUAGAAAGGUGUAUGCUUUGGAAAUAGUGGGGAAUGUGGGCUGAUGUAACAGCCUCCAAACAAACUGGGGGCUGUGAGUUUGAGGAAGUUUGAUGGAACUUGCUGGAUUUCUUAUUUCUGAAGGGCUAAGAGGGUUUUAUCCAGGGAGUAUGCUUGUUGCCGGUACGUGUUGUACAGCUUUCUGUAACUAACAGGCUGCUUCCAUGUUAUAAUUUGUAUAACCUUUAUGCAUUUUGUGCACCUGCUUCAUCUCUCUGAAAACCCCGCAACAACAAUGCCUACAUAAGAAUGUGGGAAGUUGUAGCCAAACUCUCAUAAUCCAUCCUAAUGUAGUCUUAAUUGAUUUACAAUCUACAAUAAAAGUGCUUAAUGAUUUA